AAUAUUCAAUUGUACGUAGUAUUUCAAAAAAAAAUCAAUUGAUACUCAUUAUUUUUCCAGUUCGUAAAGGUAAUGACAAUUGAUACUCUAUUUCCACAACUUUCAACAUUUAUUCAGGCAUUAUUAAGAGAAAAGCUUUUGGCAGAUGAAAAUAGAAGCUUUUAGUACAAAAGUGCACAAUAAAAACUCAUUCGGAGUAAAUGAAAUUCCGGAUGGCAACAUACAAAUCUUCGGCGCUCCUGGGAUCAAACACCUCCACCCCAUGAUGCCCGGUAUUCAGAAACUGCGGCACCACCCUAACCCCGUGCACCCUCAACCACUCCGCCAGCUCCUUCUGCCUAUCCACCAGUGGGUCCCCCGCGUAUCCUCUCACCAAACUCCUCGGCAGCCGUCCGAUCUUCUCCCCCAGCUGGGGCCCAUCAGUAAACGGGUUAGAAAACCCGUGGUCACGAUCCGCCCCCUUCGGCAACGCGAGGGCCCACAUCAGGUCGUUUGCGUGCAACGGGAGCACCUUAUCGUUGACCAGUCUUCUCUCCGAAUCGGUUCUAUGGACCCCACCGAAGUACGGCUGGUUCAUUAUCAGCCCUUCGAUCUUCACCGGAGAGAGAUCGGUGUCGAGCGCACGCAAUGCCGCGUGGUACACGAUGUUUCCCCCCGCGCUACUCCCCAUCAGGAAAGUUCUAGAGAAGUCCACCAGCUCAGCCAUCCACGGAUCGCAGUCCCCGCCGCUCGCGGCGGCCACCGCCUGCUCUCGUGCCCACACGAGAGCAUCCACGGCGUCCUCGUAGGCUGCGGGGAGCCGGUGCUCCGGGGCGAGACGGUACUCGACGGAUGCGACGACGGCGGGGAGCAGAGCCGCCAUUUUGUUGCAGGAUUCGUGGAAAACGAUGGACGCGACGCUGAGAAGUACGAAGCCGCCGCCGUGGAAGUAGAUGAUCAGAGGGAGCUUGGACGUCGUCGGAGAUGAGGAAUUUGAAUCGGAGGGAGGCGGCGGGGGGCGGAAGAGGCGGAUGAAGGUGGCGGAGGAGGGGUUGAGAGGGAUGUCUUUGGAGAGGGGAAAUCGGGGAUCUGAUGGGUUGGAGGGUGAGAUGGGAACGCCGUCUAGCCUGGUUACGGAUCCAUCAGCGUUGGGAACAAUCUUCAGGAAUUUGUAGGCUUGUUCUUCCAUUUUGCUAGAAUCCAUGGAGUUUGAUGAAGAUGAUAGCUGAUCGUCGCUCAUAUUAUAAGAAGCUAGCUAGGAUGGGAUGGGAGUUAGUUGGAUUGAUGAGAUAUUUAUUGCAAUUAUAGGAGGAGAUUAUCGGAGUGGCGGCUCAGAAGUUAAAACACUCGCUCUCGACGAAUGAUUACUCUCUGCAGCAAGUCAGCAACCCACCACUUCUCUGCAACAACCAAACGACGAAGGAGCUGCGCAACAAAGGUUCCCAAUCCGGUCGAAACUCGUCUAAACGCUGCUCGAAUCAAAGGGAAAAGAGGCGUGGUGUACUGGGAUCGUUUGAGUUCCCCUUCAACCGUCAAUAACCGUUUGAAUCGAGGUAUUUCAUCAAGUCAAGUGACUGUUGUACUUGAUCAGGCGGUAGAUGUGCAGGGAUACCAUGACACUUGUUCAGGCAUUAUUUUACUGUGCGCUGAUGUAUUGUGUCGAGUGGAUUAUGGAUAUAUGGCCACCUCUCAGCAUUCCACCGCAUCUACAUCCGCAGCAGGGUCUCCUCAGGAAGUCUGACGUGAUAGAGUUGUUCUUCAGCCUCGUAACCAGUGCAGGCGUCCCCGAGCACAGCCACAUGAACUUCAUGAUGAUGAUGAUCACGUUGACUUAUGAUCUUUGUAUUUAAAUUAUUGUGUGAAAGUUGCAGCAUGCAGUGACAGAUCGAAUCAUUUUGUGAAACACCAGAUUUAUUAUAACUUUUAUGAUUUAUUUCAAGUUUUGUGGUGCAUUGAUUCGUUUUGUGAAAGUUUCAUAAUAUGUAGUUUCAUUGAUUCGUUUUGUGUUUUGGAUGUAUGUUGUCAUGUAGUUUCAUUUAUUCGUUUUGUGUUUCGGGUGUAUUUUGUCUUAGCAAAUCAUAUGUUUGGUUGUUUUUUUGAGUAGAAUGGACUGUGAGUU